AUGAAAAUUAAGAGCUCAUCUUUGUUCGAUGAAUCAAACUACGAAAACCGUGUUACUAUCAUCGACAUGCCGGGGACUGAAGACAGCAUGGCACUAAACGUAGACGGUUACUCAAAAGACGACUUAAAAAGCGACGGACCACACAGUAGUGAUGGGGCUAGCGAUGAACAAAAUCCUGACCUACAAAAUGACCCGAACGAACAAACUGACGCUGAUGACAACAUUGACAGUGACCAUGACAGGGCUAGUCGUGAUAGUACCGCGGCUACAAACGUACCUGGAAGUGAUGGGGGUGACGAAGAAGAAGACGACAACGCCGACGAUGCACGCGCGGGUAACGUUCACGACGCUGGGGACAAUGAUCGUAGAACCACUAGUGGGUCUGAUGAAGGCAAUGGUAACGAUGGUGGUGAUGCUGCCGGUGUCGAAGGUUAUCUGAAGAACCAUGAUUGGAAGGCAGAAUUUGCAGAUCCUAGUAAUACCGCGUUGGGUAUUCAAGGAUUAGUCAGACACAUUUCUAGCCAUCAGAAAAAAUGCUCGGGCAUAAUAUACGUAUGCUUGGAAUGCGCUGAAGAAUUUAGUGCGCCUAGAUUGGAUUACGAUCAUUGGGAGAAAUGUACACCGAACCUCCCCCUCCCUGUGCAGCUCAAACACCGGCCUCGUUAA